AGGUAGAGGGGACAUAGGGGUGCAAUUAAAUUGCCAAACUCGUCAAUUAAAUUGCCUCGUAAUUAUACUCAUAGGUGGAUCUAGAGAAGAGCAAAAUAAAAGCGUUGUUGCUUGUCGGUAGUCCUAAGUCCUACUGCUGCUCACUAGCACUCACUCCUCCCAAGUCUUAAUAAUGGCUUCACUACUCUGUCCCGCACUUGUCUUGUUUGCUGCAAGACUUUCAGGAUUUGCAGUUGGACUCCUUGUUCUUUUCUGGGUCCUGACCUUCAAAUCCACCUUUCUCCCUUCUUCUUUUUCCCAACAAGACUUCAUCUAUGCUGUUCUUCAUCCUUUGCUGAUGGUCAUUGGGUUUAUUCUCUUAAGUGGAGAAGUUUUUGCAGCAAUUUUGGUGCACAGGUGGUUGCCUGGUUCUAUGGGAUUAAAAAAAUCAGUGCAUUUAGGGCUUCAAAGUGUGGCACUAGCUUCUGGAAUAUUUGGAAUUUGGACUAAAUUUCAGGGGAAGGAUGGGAUUGUAGCCAAUUUCUAUAGUCUUCAUUCAUGGAUGGGUUUGAUUUGCAUUUCCCUCUUUGGAAUUCAGUGGUUGUUAGGCUUCUUGAACUUUUGGCACAGAAGAGAGGCAAAAAUUGCGAGAAUAAAGAUUUUACCUUGGCAUGUAUUCUUGGGCCUCUACACUUAUGCGUUGGCAGUAGCAACAGCGGAAACAGGGCUUCUGGAGAAAUUAGCAUUCAUACAAACAAAGAGAAAUAAUGUAUCCAAACACAGUACUGAGUCCAUGUUGGUUAAUAGUUUAGGAUUGUUUCUAGCCAUGCUAAGUGGUUUUGUUAUUCUGGCUGCUGUUUCACCAAAGUAUGGGUAUCAUACCCUUCAAAGCAGACAACAUUAAAUUCUUGCCUCUUACAAGUUACAACCAAUAAAUUAUUCAUGGUCAUGGUUGCCCCAUAUUCGAGUUAGAUUUGGAGCGGUAUGAAUUUUGAAUGAAAUUUGUAUAGGUCAUGUUUGUGCAAAAA